AUGGCGGCAACUAGUGACGAGGCAUUGGAGGAACUGCUUUGCUCCUUGGAUCAAAUCCAUAAUGAAUUUAAAGACGGAAUAACGGAAAUCCAAUCCCUAAAAUCCACCUGCAAUGCCGAAAUCAAGAAGCGGGAAGCCCUAGAAUCCACUGUCCACUUUCUUCAAUCAGAGAAUGAGCGUCUGACAAAGCUAUACACGAAAUCGCUUCACAAAUUUGCUGCUCAGAUUGAACUUCGGACCAAUUAUGGAAGCUUGAAAGAGGAUUUCAAGAGAGUGACAGAUGAACUUUCCCAAAAGGAAAUUGAAUAUAAGAAUGCAGUUGAAUGGCUUAAACAAGAUUACGUGACAAAGAUUGCAGACUUGGAAUCUCAGAUCAGAGGAUUCCAAAUGCAAAAGGUGACAAAUGAAGGAGCUACGAAUCAGCUCCACCAAGAUUUAGCUGUACACAAGAACCAUAUAGAUGUGCUGACAAGAAGAUUGGAGCAAGUUUGUUCCGAAGUAGAAUCCAGAUACCACUACGAGAUUCAGGGUUUGAAGGAUUUGUUGCUGAUUGAGCAAGAAGAGAAAAAUGAAUUGAACAAGAAGCUUCAGGAUUUGGAAAAAGAAUUGUUCAUGAGCAGAACAAAGCUGGCUGAACAGCAACGAGACUCAACUUCAAAUCAACACGUGGAGACACUGAAGCAGAAGAUAAUGAAACUCCGGAAGGAAAACGAGGUACUUAAAAGGAAGCUAGCAGAUUGUAAAGAGAACUAA